UCCGCCAGGAAUUCUCAUAGAAUCGCAUCGACGCGACGAAACAGCUCGAGAAAGUAGGAGAAGCGCAAAGCAAGCGGUGCUCAGACUGAGGAAAAGCGCAUUCCGCGCACCGAUGGACUCUCUCGGAUCACCCUAUCAGGUGCAAAACCACUGACAGGUUUCCACCCACCACCAACCCAAAACCCCUCAGUGCGCUCCAGCCCUCCGCAGCACACAGACAUACACAGUCCCGUACCAUCACCCAGCGCUCGUCCAGGAUUUGCCACGCGCCUUUCCCUGUACAAACCACUCGGAUAACAGUAAAGCGACACCUUAAAGAAGAGACUUCUCGAAAAAAAGAGUAUCUCAUCUAUCCGGACAACUUUGGGACUAGUUGGGAAAGUUUCCUCUUGAACAGCGGACACACGGGAAGCUUGGAAUGAGGCGCGCGCUUUCAGGUGUCUUCAGCAGGUACGAGCGGGAUUUAUAUCGUUUCUAUAUCGCGUGCUGGAUUGAGAAGGAGCAGUGAAGGUCUCGGAUUGUUCACUGAGGAGGAGACACCCCGAUUGAGCCUUUCGUACCGAUUCAAUCUUUGCGCGCUUUGGCGAGAGAGCGCAGCGCGCGCGGACACCACCGGGAAGACGUCGUUUUGCGUUUAUUCCGAUCUAUUUUCAAACGCGAAACAGCCUCAUGCUGCUUCCAGCGGCACAUUUACGCUUCCCUCAUCUCUGUUUUCCCUGGGAUUGCACCUCUCCUCCGGGGUUUUGUGUGUGAGACACUGGCGGGGCUCCGCGCGCCACUUACUGGAGCGGCAAACGCUGGAAACAGGUGUAUUUGACCAAGAUGUCUGUUCUGCCGUCAAGGUUCAUCUACGUGUGUUUACAUUUGCUGGUGCUCUACUUCCAGUUGCAGGAAUCUCACCAGAGUUCUGCUGACUUCCGGUUCUACAUCGAGAACCACACUCGAGACGACGUGAGCCGAAAGCAGGUGCGGAUUUAUCAGCUCUACAGCCGAACCACCGGCAAACACGUGCAGAUCCUGGGCAAGAAGAUCAACGCCAAUGGAGACGAUGGGGGCAAGUACGCUCUGCUUGUGGUGGAGACAGAGACUUUCGGGAGUCACAUUCGAAUAAAAGGGCAGGAGAGCGGAUACUACAUCUGCAUGAACAAGAACGGCAAAAUUAUUGGAAAGCCCAACGGGAAUAGUCAGGAGUGCGUCUUCGUGGAGGAAUAUUUGGAGAACAACUACACGGCGCUGAUGUCGGCCAAAUACAGAGGCUGGUAUUUGGGCUUCAAUCGAAAGGGUCGACCCAAAAAAGGCUCCAAGACCACGCAGACGCAGCAGGAAGUGCAUUUCAUGAAGCGUCAACCCAAAGGAAAAGAGGACCUGCCGGAAAAGUUCCUUUUCACAACGGUAACGAAAAGGACACGAAGGGCACGGCGUUUAAAACCCAACCCCAAUACAAACUGAGUCAAGUACACAAAGGACUCGGCGUACUUCUUGCCUUACAAACACCUUAAUCUUAUCCGAAACAGGAGAAGGAAGAGGACACAAAUAAACAAUGGCUACCGACAAGAGACAAAAAAAAAGUUCAAAGAUGUUUUAUUUUUAUAUUUCAGAAGCAUCAAGUUUCUCCCAGCUGUUGAAUGUGGGUCUUUUAUUAUGUAAUAUUGGUGUCUGUUAUUUUAUUUAUACUGGAUUAACUAAGGAUGACCGGUAAGGAACUAGUGUCUCCUGCUUCCUGUUAAAACUGUGGAAUACUGACUAGAGCAAACCGCACCGCCUGGGAAACCUUGUACUUUUAUUUGUGACAACAAGGAUCCAAUAUUUUCCACUGGAAUCGGCUGAAAGAGAUUACAAAAUCAUAUGACCUUUGCAGGCCUCCAUAGGUAAACGUGAAGCUUUGAGUGCAAUAUUUUGAAGAGCCGUGUCGUUCCUCUCUGUCGAACGCAUCUGAGCGGACACCAGGUCUUCUUCUGGACCAAACGCGCAGAACGCUUUGAGAUUUUAUGCGUAUUCUGAGAUUCAGCUUCGAUUAUCCAGAUGUCAGCUUUAGCUGUGGUAAUAAUGUGCGAGAACUAACAGUCUAGAUAUGAAGGGAGUGGAAUGAGUUUUUCGGGAAUCGCUCUAAGCCAUCACCAUGUGUGUUUUCUAAAAAUUAGAGACCAAAACAUGCGUAAAAUACGUUAUGCAAUAACCAGGUUUGAUGCAUUGCUCUUAACGCCCCUGAUGCUCUUUUAAGUGUCAGAUUUGACUACUUCCAGCUCAUUCAGCCAAUGAAAUGGGUCCAACUGACAAUCAAGUUCUAGAAUACAUUCUAGAACAUCUGGAACACAGGUGAACAGAGGACUCCAGCCACUGUUGGUGAGGUCGACUCUCUAUAUGGGUAUAGCUGUAGUAUACACACGUCUAUAUACUCAUUGUCUGUCCGACGUUACUAACAAUCAUGACACACGUACGAUUAAAAACAAAUGUAUGCAAAAAAUAAUAAUUUUAUUACUAUUAUAAAAUAUUUAUUGCCUUUCUCUGUAAAUACGACUUGAUGAAUUUA